AUGCCUGUGGAUUCAAUUACCCAACCAAUUGCUGAUAAGGUCAAGUCCAUUGGUAAGAGUGCCCUGGACUCGAUCCCCGAUAAGCCUAAAGGUGGAAUUACCCUUUUUUCACCCGAGUAUUAUGCUGCUUGUACUCUUGGUGGAAUUAUUGCUUGUGGACCUACCCACUCGGCAGUGACUCCGUUGGAUUUGGUCAAGUGUCGUCGUCAGGUGGACUCGUCAAUCUACAAGUCCAAUGUCCAAGGUUGGUCCAAGAUUAUGAAGACCUCAGGAGAUUCCAUUUUCACUGGUGUUGGUGCUACUUUCAUUGGAUAUUCGUUUCAGGGUGCCGGAAAGUACGGGUUUUAUGAAUUUUUCAAGAAGACUUAUUCUGAUGCUGUUGGUCCCGAGUACGCUAACAAGUACAAGACGGGAGUCUUUUUGGCUGCUUCGGCAUCGGCUGAAUUUCUUGCAGACUUGGCAUUAUGUCCAUUUGAGAUGAUCAAGGUGAAGACCCAGACGACAAUUCCUCCUUAUGCAACGUCGGUAUUUGACGGUUGGAAGAAAUUGGUGGCUGCGGAAGGUUAUGGUGGUCUUUACAAGGGUUUGGUUCCACUUUGGUUUAGACAAGUGCCAUAUACCAUGGUCAAAUUUGCUUCGUUUGAAAAAACCGUCGAGCAAAUCUACAAGUAUUUGGGCAAACCAGCAUCGAGCUACACUCCUAUUCAACAGACUGGAGUAUCAUUUUUGGGUGGUUACAUUGCCGGUAUUUUCUGUGCUAUAGUGUCGCACCCAGCUGAUGUGAUGGUGUCCAAGAUCAACGCAGACAAGAAGCCUGAUGAAAGUGUUGGCAAGGCAUUGGGUCGGAUUUACAACAAGAUUGGAUUUGCCGGGGUUUGGAACGGAUUGCCUGUCAGAAUUGUUAUGAUCGGUACUUUGACCGGAUUCCAAUGGCUCAUCUAUGAUUCGUUCAAGGUGUACAUUGGACUUCCAACCACCGGUGGUCACUAG